AUGAGCGGUAGCUUCGAGGUGGCGGAUCAAUCCGUGCGCCGCUAUUUGAGCGACGCGGACGAGAAGGAGGUACUGCGCGCGCUCAAUGAGCAAUAUCGCCGACAGAAGCACAUCACGUCCGACGACGUGCGGCUGGUAGUGCGUGCAGUGGCCGGUCAAGGCGGCGCCGUGCCGCUCCCACCUGACUUCCCGCCGUCCCGAUGGGUAAUCGGGUUUAAGCGUGCACACGGAUUCGUCCACUUUAACAGCUUUGCUUUUGAUGCGGCGACCAAUAGCAGUAGUGGAGACAAGACGGCAACAACAUUUAGGCUACCCGAGCGGCUCGAAGUGUCUCCACUUCUCUCCGCACUACCAGUAGCCCACGGCCGGAGAUCUAGCAACACCGCUACAGUCAAGCCUACAGCCAAUACAAGCAGCACCAGAAACAAUAUCAAUGAAAAAAAUAACAGCAGCUGGAGCACCAGCUCAGCACAGAUUACAGGCAGCAGCCUGAGCAGCGGCAACAACAACGACGAAGAGAAAGAUGCGAGCAAAGGCAGAUGCAGCUCCGUCUCUUCGGACCCAGCUCACGGGGUUAUGUACUCCAUGUCCCCGUCGGGCCCUCGUAUGCCAUUUGACAGUGAGCUCCAGCGCCAAGUUCAGUUGCGACACAGCUUCAGCCAGCGCCACCGACAGUAUCUACAGCAGCAACAACGUCGUACCAUCCUUGUGGGCAACCAUAGACGUUCAGCGGGGUCGAUGCCCAUUAGAGACUCGCCGAUGGACCACGUGGAGAUGCGAUCCAACGGGACCAGCGGCACAACAACGGGAGCAGUGUGGAAGAGAUGCAGGACACGGCGUCCAACGCGUCGCCGUCUAACGACAAUCGCGGUUACAAGCUGA